UGUAAUGCCUUCAUAACAAAAAUGUAAUCAACCCUCGGAAAAUCUAAUUAAAGGAAGUCCUACAAAUAGACUCGAGGAAAAAUGUGAUAAAAAUGUAUACUGUUCCAAUUAAAAAGCUAAAGGUAAUUCUCUUUGCUGUAUUUUUGCUUGUUUUCCUUCAACUAUUGGGAGUUUUUCAUCAUCCUUUUGAAAAAGACUUCUACGAUGAAUUCCGCUAUCCUUACGAUGGCGAUUUAGAACCUCUAAUAGAAAAAUUAAAGCAUAAUCAAACACCUGAAGUCUCUCCGAUAAAUUCCUAUAAUUUCUACUAUUACAAAAAUUGUGAUACCAAAUGCAAAGACCUGACGGAUUUGCGUAUAAUUUACCUAGUAAAAUCAGCACCACAAAAUUUCCACAGGCGUUUGGCUAUUAGAAGCUCGUGGGGCUUCCAACGAAGAUUUUCCGACGUAGAAAUCCGCACCGUAUUCCUUAUAGGCCUUCAAAACGUUGCCAACUUGCAAAUAUCAAUCAAUGAAGAAUCACAAAGAUUCAACGACAUUGUUCAAGCUAAUUAUACAGACUCAUAUUAUAAUAAUACUUAUAAAACGAUGUCGGGAUUUGAAUGGGCUGUAAAAUAUUGCCCCAACGCAAAAUUCUAUAUGUUUAUGGAUGAUGAUUUUUAUAUUUCAACUAAAAAUGUUUUGAGGUUUUUGAGAUUUCCUACUAAUUAUCCUAAAUAUUUACAAGAACCUUUUGGGCUGAUUGGACAAAGACGUGCCUUGUGGGAUUUGGAGUUUGAGUUAGAGGAAAAUGUUAGACUAUAUACGGGUUAUGUUUUCAAAUCUGCACCUCAUAGACAUUUAAUGAGCAAAUGGUAUGUUUCUUUGGACGAGUAUCCUUAUCACUUGUGGCCUCCUUAUUCAUCAGGUGGGGCUUACAUUUUAUCAAACGCAGCCCUAAAAGACAUGUAUUAUGCGAGCUUUUAUACAAAGCAUUUCAGAUUUGAUGAUAUUUAUGUGGGGAUUUUGGCAUACAAAACCAAAAUCGAACCACUGCAUUGUGAAGAGUUUUACUUUCACAAAAAACCUUAUUAUAAGUUUAACUAUGAGUAUGUGAUAGCGUCGCACGGUUAUGAGGAUCCCAAGGAGCUGGUCAAUGUUUGGAAUGAACAAAAAAGCUUGGGAAAUGCCUAAAUUUACUUUUAUUAUUGUUAAAAAAAAAAUAUUAAUUGUUUUACUGAGUGGUUUUAUUUUAUCACACCAUACUACCAAUCACCCGUAUUAUAAUUUCCAUUAAUUUCUUCAUGCUUGGCUAUAGUAUUUUCGAAUUUAUUUGCCUCAUGUUGGGCUACUUUAAGUAAAGUUUGGCUACUUUCAACAAUCUUUUUGAAUCCCAAUUCAGUUUCACGUAUAGUCUUGUCAUAGUUUUCGCAUAGUUGUUUGUGCUGUUGCAAAUUGCCAUUCAAAUGUGCGAUUUUCUCUUGCAAAGCUUUCAUGUUUCUGUCUAAAGUUGCCUUUUCCUCCUCCUCUUGCUUAAUAACUUCCAGUAAUUCCUUUCUUUUGGUUUUAAAUUCUUCCAAACCUUUGAAAGUUACAGGUUAUGAUUUUGUGAAUAUAGUUAUUUUUCUCGCUUACAUUUUAUCAGUUCUUGGUUGUAGGUUUGCAGAGCUGCACCGUGUUCGGUCAUUGCACGGGAGUUGAUAUUAGUAAUUAUGCAAAACUAAUUCCAAUACGAAAAAAAUACAUUUUAAAUUCAAAAGUUUCUUUACUGAUGUUAACCAACGAUCUUCCAACUAAUCGAUUGAAG